AUGGCAUGGAACGAGAGCUUCUCAGCAGCUGAUGGAGGAGGUUGGGCUGGUGAUGCAUCUUUUGCAACCGCACCUCCAAAAGAAGCGCAAUCAGCGAAAAUUGCCGAGAGGUUGCCUGUACCUGUAACUGUAGCGGAUCUUCAUGACUCAGCAAAUGUCGAGGAGAAGUACGAACUCGGGGAUUAUCCAUUCAGUACGGUUAGUUCCUUUGAUUAUCAGCUGAGCUUUUUUAUGCUAUCUGUUUCGAAAUGUUGA